GUGUUAAAAACAAAUUUGGGCACCUUUUGCUACAUUUGUGGAAAGGAUGCCUCCACUCCACGUGAACGUGUUGUAUCUUCUUCUCGACACAUCCAUUCCAUUCCAUGGCCGCAUAUCAUCAUCAGCACGCACACCCAAGCAGGGAAUAAGAUGCCGUCUUUGUCUUGUCGCAGCAAAAUGGAUGUGGCCACGGACACUUCAUCGAUGGUGGUGCGCGUGGUGUCGUCGCGCACGGUGAGGCCGCCGCCGCGCCCGCGCGAGCGCAUCCCGCUCACCUCCUGGGACGUCGCCAUGCUCUCCGCCAACUACAUCCAGAAGGGACUCCUCUUCCACGAGCCCACGGUGGCCGUCAACGUCGUCGAUCACCUCGCCGCGGCCCUCGCCGACGCGCUCGCCGACUACUACCCCGUCGCCGGCCGCUUCGCCACGGAGCAGCACAAGGACGAGCGCACCGGCGCCGUCGUGGGAUGCUCUGUGUCCAUCGACUGCGACGGCCAGGGCGUGGAGAUGCUCCAUGCCGUGGCUGAUGGCUUCGCCGUCGCCGAUGUCAUCCCUCCGGACGCCGACGUGCCGAGCGUCGUGCAGUACUUCUUCCCGCUGGGAGAUGCGGUCGGGUACGACGGCCACGAGCUCCCGCUCUUCGUCGUCCAGGUGACCGAGCUCGUCGACGGCGUCUUUGUCGGGUUCGUCUGCAACCACGCGCUGGCCGACGGCGCCGCCCUGUGGGACUUCCUCAACGCCUGGGCCGAGAUUGCGCGCGCCAGGCUUUCCAACCUCGCUCCUCCGCCGUUGACCUCCCGACGGCGGCCCUCGUUCGAGCGUCGGUCCUCGGACGGCGGUGCGGCGGCACCGGCCAUGCUGCCGUGCGCCGACCUGUCGGGGUUCAUCGAGCGGCUGGAUCCGCCGCCGCUGCGCGCGCGAUGGGCGCACUUCUCGGCGGAGACGCUGGCGGACCUCAAGGAGCGGGCGCGGCAGGAGCUCCUCGCCGCCGGGGACGCGGCCGGCGCGGCCGCGCUGACGCGGUUCCAGGCCCUGUCGUCGCUCCUCUGGCGCAGCAUCACCCGCGCGCGGCGAGUCUCGCCGGACCAGGAAACCACGUGCCGCGCGGCCGUGAACAACCGCGCGCGCCUCCAUCCAGCGCUGCCCGCGGAGUACUUCGGCAACUGCAUCGACGCCGUGAGCACGGACACGCAUUCGGCGGUGCGCGCGUCGGAGCUGCUGGAGCGCGGGCACGGGUGGGCGGCUGCGGCGGUGGGGCGCGCGGUGGCGGCGCACACGGACGAGGCCAUCAGGGCGCGCGUGGCGGCGUGGGCGGUGAGGCCGGUUGUGUACACGCUGCGGUGGUACGACCCGUGCGGAACCAUGGUGGGGAGCUCGCCGCGGUUCGACAUGUACGGGUGCGACUUCGGGUGGGGGAGGCCGGCGGCGGUGCGGAGCGGCAAGGCGAACAAGGUGGACGGGCGGGCGUCGCUGUACCCCGGGCGUGAGGGCGGGAGCAGCGUGGACGCAGAGGUGACGCUGACGCCGGAGCACAUGGCGGCGCUGGAGGGCGACGAGGAGUUGUGGGCCGCCGUGACGCCGGAGAAGAAGGCUUGAUCCUACUACUUUGGAGGAGCAGUAGUAGAAUAAGAGAGCCGUGUGCUUUAAUUUUCAUUCUGUCAUGAUUUGAUUGAUCGACACGGCUCACAGUCAGGCCCGGUCCUGAGAUUUCGGGGGCCGGGGGCAAGAUAACAAAAAGGGGCCCUAAAGCCAUAUAAAUAUAUGUGUUUUUUUCUAUUUCAAUUGCAAAUUACUACUCAUUUUACACUAUAAUUUAUAAUUUAUGUUGCCUUGUGGUCUCAACGAUUUAAAAAUAAAGCACACAUAA